AUGGAACAAGGAUUUGGACCAGACAUCAUUCCCAUAGAGAUUGACAUGUUUCCUAUGGAGUCAGACAAUUUCCUUAUGGAGAGAGAGUUCUUCCAUAUGAAGUCAGAUCUCGUCUCUAUGGAGUCAGACGUCGUUCCCAUGGAGUCAGACAUUUUCCCUAUGGAGUCGACUAUCGACCCACAAGUCUCAGAACGCAAGUACGAGAAUGAUCCACUGCUAAAGGCCUUUGAGAUCAUGGAAAUCAUCGGUCGGUAUCGUACCAUGGUGCCAGCAACCGCAAGUGAUCGCACCAGCGACGGAAACAUUAUGUUUCUAUCCAAGAUGUGGUCUCAGAUCCGGGCGAAACAGCCGAUCCGAAUGAUUCUACCGGCUUUCCCCUUCAAGUCUCCGAAUCGGGGAAAUAAGACUUUGGGAAGCCUUCCUGACAAAGGCGAAGAGAUUUGUCUCGCGCACCUUAACGGACUCUGCGCUGCUAUUAGUGACGUCUAUGAAUAUGGAGCUAAGCUCACCAUUGUAUCUGAUGGCCUCGUGUACAACGAUAUCCUGGGCGUUUCUGAUAGAGACGUCUGGGAAUAUGGCCAUGCACUGAGGGAAAUGGUUGCUGAAAAUGAGUACGACCAUAUCGAUUUCGCCAGAUUGCGCGACCUUGUUCACAGCCAAGAGGACGUCAAACUUGACGGAGAGACGUACGAAAGGUUGGCCCCGGUGUUUCGCCAGGAACUAAUUGAACAGCACACACCGGUGGGAUUUGACGCCGCUGUUAUGAUCAAGUCAGACGAAAACAUCUGCACCACUUAUCGUGGAUACAUAAAGUUUUUGACCAAGGACUUGGAACAUCUUUAUGUAGAGAAUGGUACCACAUCUCGCAAGGCACACAAGAAGUACCUGGGGAAUGUUGCCAAAGCCAUGAUCACACGAGGUGCGGCCUUUGCAGAAGCCAUCAUAAAGAACUACCCAGGUUACAUCCGUCUUUCAAUUCAUCCAUCAAAUGGAUUAACCAAGAUCUCCAUAAAUGUUCUCCCGAGAUCUUCAAAACCAGUCACACCAUGGCACUCAGCACCCUGCUAUACUGUUGACGGCCGCUUCAUAUAUGGAUGGCGCGAAGUUUUCGAUGCUAACCCAGAAUUGGAGUUGGUCCACAAAAACGGGCGUCCAUGGUGCUACCGUUUUAAAUCUGAGCUGUAUAACUGGUCAUCGCCGGUAGCAGUCAAUCCCAUCUAUCCCUGUGGCAUGAUGGUUACGCCUGUCAAUCCAACCUCAAUAAGCCAGAUUGAAAUGGAGAAAGUGCAGGGUCUAGCACACGAGAGCUCACCAGUUGUCCUUCGCGGAUUUACAGACACCCAUGACCAUGAGCUAAUCGCGCAGAAAGCUGAGAGUAUUGACGCUUCUUACCUUUCAAUAUCCGACUUCAAUCCUGAAGAAAAAGCCGAAGAUGGUGAUUCACAAGAUUCGAAAAGCACUACCUUGUCAGGUUGGCUGCCCUACGAUGGGCCAACUGAGAUCAUGGAGGAUCAAGAAGCCCAUCACAUCAAGCAGUGUCCGGUCUCCUCUCCAGCCAAAUAUCAGCUCAUCAGUGCCCCUGGCCCUAUCUCAGAGAAUACCAGACGCAGUCUCUUCUCCGCAUCCUCUCUGUUGUUCCACCACCUUCCAGCCAGUUACACCGUCGGGAUGCUCCAACAACUUUCCUGGAACGCAGAGACUUCAUCCCACGACAUUGAGACCAGUUCCCUGCCCUUGAUCAUACCGCACUUUUCUCACGGCCGGCCCUGCUUCCGUUACCACUCGCUCCUCUCUCAAAGCAAUAUCACCUGUGAUCCCACUCUCAUCGCCAUCGAAGAUAUCUCAGACGCUGACUCAACUAGACUAUGCAAUGUUCUGAAUCCCCUCCUCUAUGACCGUAGAGUCUGCUAUUGGCAUACCUGGAAACAGGGAGACGUGCUCUUUUACGAUACUUUCACAACGACACAGACCUGGGAAUCAUUCGCCGGAGAACCAGUCCUUUUCAAGUUGUAUUCAGGAUAUCCAUCUUGA